UUUCCCUCACACACUCAUACCACUCUCAGAUACCCAUACCCCUCCUGUGACAGCAACGACCUGCCUCACAACUGUCCAUUGUUUUCCUUACCCGCUUCUGCGUUUGUAAUUUUGAUACCCCCCUCCCCCACCUAUACCCUUGAUACCCACAGUGCGACCUACACCAUGAGUGCCGUAAAUCGUCCAGUGGACUUGAAGCAAAAGGAGAAGGAUGUCAACAACAAGCUCCAGAUCUAUGGGAUUGUUGAAGCCUUCUCCAAUGGCAAGGUGCCAUCCAACAGCCAGAUUGAUGUCGCUCUCAACUCGGCACUCGCACACCGAACACUCAACUCACCAUCCAAGAAACUGUCGCCCGAGGGCCAGAGUCUCGUCACAGACCUGAAGAACGUCAUCGAACAGGCCAAGAUUCUGCUACUUACCAAGAACGAGGGCAACCUCCUCCAAGACUUCAUCUGGCAGGCUGAGCACGUCAGCGCCGCCGGCACCAACCGCCCCAAUGCCCCUGUUGAUAAGGACACAGCAAGGCAAGACGGCAACAACGCUCUCGAAGGUCUGCGCACUCUUGGCACGCUCCUCAUCUCCAAUGGCCAGUUCAGGAAGCUUCUCUCUGAUGCCACUGUUCUUCUCCGCGACAUGGCCGGUGAUGCGGCCAUGAACACGGCCAACAAGGUUAAGCCCUCAGAAGACCGUCUCAACAGGCUGGAUGAGCCCGCCGAGGACAACACCUGGCACGACACCUCCAACCUGAACCGCGAGAACUUCCGCAACCAAGCUAAGAGCAGCCUGCCGUUUGGCAACAAGAACAAGGGAGACUUGAAGGAGACAGCCAAGGAUGUCAACCAAGCAGCCAACCCCGAGGGAGUCCGCGACCCCACGCACACUGCCGAUCUUGCUGCCACCGAGGGCCAGACUGGUCAGAGCACUGGCCUUGACGUUCGCAGUGGUGUCGAUGCCGCUAAGCAAAAGGUUGACGCAAACACCUCUGACGAAGACAAGCAAAUUGUUCGCGCCCGCCGUGAGCAGCUGAACAACUAUCUCAAGGGCAAGAUGCCAGAGGAACGUCGCGAGCAGACUAGGUGGCGCCUCAAGAAGAUGAUUGUCGAGAUCCAGGGUCACCAGGACUACCAGCGUGCGAUUGAGACUCUUCUCGACCUCGCCGAGCGCUACUCGAGCCACGGAAGGAUUUUGAGCCAGCAGGGCAAGGGCUCUGUGCAAGGUGCGCAUCAAGACGAUGCACUAACUACUGCUGAAGCUGACCUGAGGACCCUCCUCGAACGCUUCGCUAACAACACGUCUUUCGAUGACUUGAUUGAGUCCAUCAACCAGAUCUACAAGGACGCUGACCGCGACCCCGAGCUCAAGAACUGGUUCAAGCGUAUCAACGCCUUUAUCCGCAAGACCCUGCAGCAACAGGGCUUCGUCCUCGAGGACAGGUUCAACGCUGAGUGGAACCAGCUCUACGAUGAUGGCCACCACUUCUUCCGUGACCGUUACCGAGGCCACACUGACCGCAUUGCUGAUGAGUUCAAGUUCAUUGGCCAGCAGUUUGAUGCCGACCCCCAGAAUAGGCAGUUCGCCGAGUCUGUCAACAAGCUCUUCCGUGACCUUGGUCAAGACGAGAAUGGCAAGACUGUCUUCAAGCCCCAUCUUGUCAAGGACAUGACUGAUGUCAUUCUUCCUGCCAUCUUUGAGAAUGUCCGCUACAUUCCCGUUCCCCGCAUCGAGUACAGCGACCCCAUGGUGGACGCCGUUAUUGAGAACCUUGUCAUUGAGGGCGACAACCUCGCACCUAACUCCCUGGAGUUUGGCUCUGACAACUACUGGCGCUGGGGCCGCAAGUCCAUUACUAGCACCAACAAGAACAAGGUUAUGCUCUCCGUCUCGGGUGUCCAAAUGGACCUCAGGGACGUCUCGUACUACAUCAAGCGCAAGCAGGGCUUCCCUUCCAUUACCGACAAGGGUGUUAUGGACAUCUUCAUGGGUGGCUCCGGCUUCAGCUUCAAGGUCGAGAUGGAGACUGCCGACAAGGCGCGCGAGCAUGCGCAGACCCACUUCUUCAAGGUCACCAAGGUCGAGUCGGACAUUAAGCACCUCCAGAUCAAGAUGAAAAAGAGCAACCAUAAGCUCCUCUUCAACAUGUUCAAGCCUCUCCUUCUCAAGGUCAUGCGUCCUGUCAUUCAAAAGGUCUUAGAGAAGCAGAUUAAGGACUCUGCUAACCAGCUCGAUGCCAUCCUCUUUGACAUCAAGACUGAGGCUGACCGUGCCGCGGCUGAGGCUAAGAACAACCCUGACCCUCAAAACAUUCAGAACAUCUACCAGCGCUAUGCCAGCUCUGCCCAGCGUCGCCUCAUGCAAGGCAAGCAGAAGAAGGAGUCUCUCCAGGAGAAGGUCAAGGACACCAAGGUCAAUGUGGCCGUCACUCAGCACGACUCCAUCUUCAAAAACAUCUCCCUGCCUGGAGGCAUCUCAUCCAAGGCUACCGAGUACAAGGAGCUUGCUGCCAAGGGCGACAAGUGGGAGAGCCCCAUCUUCUCUAUUGGAUCUGCCAAGGAGACUACCAGCCUGCCUCAGGUUGGAAAGAUUACUCGCAAGCCCCAUGGUCGUGCGGAAGGCUACGGCACCUCCGGUGAUGCUUCCCGCGGUCUCGGUGCUUCGUCGGGACUCAACCCAUCAACCAACCAGUACGAUAGCCAGUACACCAACAAUGGUGGUCUUGGUGCUCAGCCGGGUCUUACCACGGGCAACCAGGGAUUGACUGGUGGUGUGGCUGCUCAACCAGGUCUUACCACAGGCAACCAGGGCUUGACUGGCGGUGGCGCUGCUCCUAGCGGUGCUACCUCGGGCUUCGGUAACCAAGUUGACGACGCUUUCAACACUACUGGCUCUACUGGCUUGAACAAUGCCGCUGCCAUGCCACCCACGGCUGGUCAAACUGGCGCUGCCGCCCCUGACCAGUACAACACCACAUUUGGUGACCAGAACCCUGUAUUCCAGGGCCGUGCUUAGAUGCAUCUUCUCAAACAGUGAUACCCGGUAUGCUUGGGGGUCGCCCGUAACGAUGAUUGUGUUUUGUUUUUGCGUUUUGAUCAUGGAUGAUACCACGAUUACGUUACGGCGUAAUAAAUAGUGAAUGGCAUGUUCUUCGGUUUCUGGUUGACGGCAAGCACGAAGGAGUGGUAGUAUGCCUCUAAUGCGGAGGAAUGGGGGAAGGACCCGUAUAUUCAAAAUUGGUUUAAGAAUAGUUUACGAUACCUUUCCUGUAGUAAUAGCUAAUUCAAUGAUGCUUUAAAAAUCGGUUG